GCUCGAUAGUGCGAUCUCUAAUUUAGUUGUGGCGCAAAUAUCUAACAACACUUUAUGUUCGACGCCGGCUAUCUUUGUAUACAUUAUUACUUAUUUAUCUGUAAAAAUGGACCUAAACACCCUGCUGCAGCGAGCCCAGAACCUAACCAAUGAGGCGAAAGCGGAGUGCGAGCUGCCCGCCGUGGAGCGGACGCUUCAGCAGGUCCUGCAGGCCACUACGGAGCUCCACUCCCGGGUCACCCAAACCGGCGGCAAGGAGAUCCAAGCGCACAUACUGCUGGGAUCCAAGGGCGUGGACCUGCCCAAACUGAACCAGAAACUGGAGGCACUGAGUGCCCGAAAAACUUUCGAGCCACUGGACGUAAAGGCGGACACGGAUGUGCGGACAUUUCUGAAGAACGAGCGCGAAAACGCAAUCCUCUCUGUGAUCGAGGACACCAACAAGAACAUCAGCGAUUCAGUGAGCAAACAAAAGUGGGCCAGCAUGAACAGCGCCUGGAACCAGGAGAAGGCCCGCCUACUGGACGCCCUGAUAGCGCCCUCUCAGAACUUUAUCGACCUGCAGCGUCUGCCCGAACCCACCAUCCUCAAUCCGCACUGCCAGCCGCGUUCCUGCCUUGAUCAUCUAGAACUGGUUUAUGCCCAGGAACUGCGCAAUUAUAACGAACUGCUGCUGAAGGGUAGCAACCGGCCCAACCUCGUGCAGAAGUUUGCUCAGUUGUCCCACAGCUUCGGUGACUGCCGGCUGUUGGACAUGUGGACCCUGCUGGCCUGCGUCACCCAAAUAAGCGAGCCUCUGCACUGCGAUCCCAUCAAGAGCAGGCAGCAGCGGCCGGAGUUUGUUAGCCACGCAAAAUCCUACCUAGAGCGGCGCUACCGGGUGUUCAUGAGUUCCCAGGUGAGCGGCUCCUAUGCCAGCAAUAGUUAUCAAUUGGUCCUGGCCUACGUGAGCCACCGCUUCAGUGCCCAGCAGACCAUCGGACUGGUGGACACGGUAGGCGAAAGACCGUUGUGGCCCCUGGUCUACUACGGAUUGCGCUGUGGAUCGACUGAGACGGCGGUUGAGUUCCUGCGCGAAGCGGGCAGUAGCCACGAGGAGUUUGCACAACUGGUGGCAGAUCGAAAUGCGGGCGACACAAAUUCCCGGAUCGAAAACCAACUGAGGCUGCAGUAUGCCAACAAAAUACGCAACUCCACGGAUGCCUACAAGAAGGCCGUUUAUUGCAUCCUUCUGGGCUGCGAUGUCAAUGAGGUUCAUGGAGAGGUGGCCAAGACCAUUGACGACUUUUUGUGGAUUCGGCUGGCUAUGUUGCAGCCCGGCGACGCCGCCAACUUUGGAAAGUUGCAGUCGCUGAUUCUGGAGAAAUACGGCGAGAAAUAUUUUAAUGCCGGCCAGCAGCCGCAUCUGUACUUCGAAACACUGGCACUUACUGGACAGUUUGAAGCCGCCAUUGAGCUCCUCUACCGCCGGGAUGACACCCGCGUCCAUGCCGUGCACAUGGCCAUAGCACUUCACGAGAUGGGUCUUCUGGGUGGGGCACGCAGUGUGUCCCAGCCCCUGUUAUCGAUUGACAUCAAGGAUCCGCAGCCGUUGCGACGCCUCAACCUAACCCGCUUAAUUCGGCAGUAUGUGCAGAGAUUCGAGCGCACGGACACCUCGGAGGCUUUGCAUUACUACUACACGCUGCGCUGCCUAAAAGAUCCCAAGGGCAGGAACAUGUUCAUGGCGUGCGUCUGCAAUGUGGUGGUGGACAGUGGAGUUUUUGAUACGACCAUAUUUGAUCUGAUAUUCGGCCAGCGACAGGCGAGUGACCAAGACGAGGUUAACAGUGGCCUUUUCCGCCAGUUCGACUGUUCAGAGUUUAACACGAGCACCAUGGCAGCUCUGGUGGCUGACGAACUGGCUUCUCUGGGCAACUUUGAGAUCUCAGCACGACUCUACGAAAUGGCCGGCAAAUAUAACCUGGCUCUGAAGCACAUCUGCAUUCUGCUGGCCCAAGUGGUGCAUCUGCCCACGCUCGGUGGAUCGUUAAGGGAGCGCCUCGGCCAGGAGGCCCAGAGACUCACUCAACUGUUGGCCAACGACAGCAUCGAGGUGGAGCCCAAAAUGAAGAGCAGCUUUGUAUUACUGCAGGAUCUGCUUACCUUCUUCAAUUUCUAUCACGACGGGAAUCUAAGUGCCGCUUUGGAGCAGCUUCGACGGACCCAGUUGAUGCCCAACACGACGAACGAUGUGGAUGUGUGUUUGACCAAUGUGAAGCGACUCAGUGGCGAGGUGAUCAAGGUGCUGCCCGACGUUAUUGUGGCCGCCAUGGACAUCGCCCAGCGGCAGUAUAAGCAGCUGAAAACGGGUGUGGGGAGCUCGAUGGAACAGAUCGAAAUGCAGCAGCUCCGGCAGCGGGCCAAAGCCCUGUCCAACAUGGCCGCCACCAUGCCAUAUCGCCUGCCCAACGACACCAACAGGCGGUUGAUUCAACUUGAGCUGGUGAUGCACUAGAAUAAAUUUUCUUUAAGGUAUGAAGGCAG